AUGAUUAAUAAAUCUUCUUAUGUUAAUCCUGAACAUUUGGACUAUUUUAAAUUUGUUGGACGUUUAAUUGCUAAAGCAAUAUAUGACAAUAAACAAUUGGAUUGUUAUUUUACAAGAGCUUUCUACAAACAUAUUUUGAAUAUUCACGUUAAAUAUCAGGACAUUGAAAGUGAAGACCCCGAAAUCUUCAAAUCCUUAGAAUUUCUUUUAAAUAAUUCUAUUGAAGCUUUGGGGUAUGAUUUAAUGUUUUGUGUAGAAGUUGAAGAAUUUGGAGUUCGUUCGUCACGUCAACUUAAAGAUAAUGGUUCUAAACUUUUGGUGACAGAUGCUAAUAAACAAGAAUAUGUUCAUUUAAUGUGUCAAAUGAAAAUGACAGGUUCUAUUCGUCAACAACUUAAUGCCUUUUUGGAAGGAUUUUAUGAAUUAAUUCCCCGGAAUCUUAUUUCUAUAUUUAAUGAACAAGAAUUAGAAUUGUUAAUUUCUGGACUUCCUGAAAUUGAUGUAGAUGAUUUGUGUGUAAAUACUGAAUAUAAAAAUUAUACUAGAACAAGUCAACAAAUUCAAUGGUUUUGGCGAGCCUUACGCUCAUUUGACCAAGAAGACAAAGCCAAAUUUCUUCAAUUUGUCACUGGAACAUCAAAAGUACCUCUUCAAGGAUUUGCUCAUUUGGAAGGAAUGAAUGGGACUCAGAAAUUUACAAUUCAAAAAGACACCCGUUCCCAAGACCGUCUUCCUUCAGCGCACACGUGUUUUAAUCAAUUGGAUUUACCCGAAUAUCCCAACUAUGAGACACUUCAAAAAAUGUUAUUGUUGGCCUGUAGAGAAUGUUCCGAGGGUUUUGCUUUUGCUUGA